GGUCAGUCCCCACCCGCCAACAGCCGCCAUUUCCUGUCCGGCUCUGGGCGCGCCAGGGAUUCUGCUUGACAAUGGCUGGCGAUCAGGAAAAAGACUUGCAGAAAUUUCUUAAAAAUGUGGAUGAAAUCACCAGUUUAAUUCAGGGGAUGAAUUCCGAUGACCCAGUUGUACAAGAGAGAGCGGUCCUGGAGACGGAGAAGAGACUGCUGUUUACGGAGGUGGUCCGAGAGGAGGAUGGAUGCCGGACCACCCUGAGCAAGACCAUGAUCAGCCCUCCGCAAGCUCCUACCCAGAAUACCGAUGAAAUAAGCACAGAAGCCUUCCUGGCAUCGAUGGAAUUGGACGCACAGGAACGCGCCAGGAGAAGACGGGAGAACAAAGUCUUAGCAGAUGCCCUGAAAGAAAGGGGGAACGGAGCGUUCGCCAGGGGCGACUACGAAGCAGCCGUCCUGUGCUACAGCGAGGGCUUGGAGAAGCUCAGGGACAUGAAGGUGCUGUACACCAACCGAGCCCAGGCUUAUAUGAAACUCGGGGACUUCCAGAAGGCCGUGGUGGAUUGCGAGUGGGCUCUGAAGUGUGAUGAAAAAUGCACAAAAGCAUAUUUCCACAUGGGAAAGGCCCACCUGGCCCUGAAGAACUACAGUGCGUCUAGAGAGUGUUAUCAGAAGAUGUUAGAAAUAAACCCCCAGCUGCAGACCCAGGUGAAAGAAUACCUCAAUCAAGUAAAUCUCCAGGAGAAAGCAGAUCUUCAAGAGAAGGAAGCGCACAAAUUGCUGGGUUCGGGAAAGAACACGGCUGUGACGGUCAAGAAUGUCCUGGAGACCCUCUGCAAGCCCCGCCAGACACUCCUGUUCUACGCAGGAGGGAUCGAAAUCCUGACCGAAGUGAUAAAGGACUGCCCAGAACAGACUUUAUUCCGAACACACAACGGAUUCAGUAUCAUCAGCGAGAGUGAGGUCAUCAGAAGGUGCUUCUCCACGGCAGGGAAAGACACAGUGGAAGAGACGGUGUGUGUGUCUGUCCUUAGACUCUGGCAGGCAGUGUGCGCUGGGAACGAGGAGAACCAGCGCCUGCUGCUGCAGCGCCCCGACACGGCCGGCCUGCUGCCCGCGCUGCUGGCCUCCCGGGUUCCCGGCCUCCGGCACCAGAGCCUGGCGCUGCUGCUGCAGCUCGGCCGGACGGACCACGGCCGCCAGCUCGUCAUCCGCCACCUUGACCUGACCCGAUUGUUGGAAGCGCUGGUGUCCUUUCUUGAUUACUCAGAUAAGAAGGCCAGCUCAGCUAUGGGACUGCUCACAGACUUGGCUCUGGAAGAGAGAUUCCGAGUCUGGUUCCAGGCCAACCUCCCAGGUGUGCUCCCGGCACUCACAGGUGUUCUGAGGCGAGAUCCUAUGGUAACCAACACGUCAGCCCUUUGCCAGUGCAUCGCCCUCAUGGGAAACCUCAGUGCUGAGGCCACCGUCCGAAGACAGAUGUCUGCCUCUGAAGAGUUUGGGGAUGCCUGCCUGGGCCUCAUGGCCAAGUGUGAGGAGGCCAUGGACCUGUUGAGAGAGGUCCUGUACGCGCUCCUGGGACUCGUGAUGAACCUGUGUCUGCAGCCUCCCUUCCUCGGUGAGGUUUGGGCCAUGGAGGUGAGCAGGAGGUGCACACGUCUACUCCGCAGCCAGGACGGAGGGGUCCUGACAAGAGCCGCGGGCGUUCUCAGCCGCACGCUGUCCUCCUCUCGGACGAUUACUGAGGAGGCCCUGCGAGCGGGAGUGGUGAGGAAGAUGAUGAAGUUCCUGAAGACGGGAGGCCAGACCGCCUCACGGUAUGCCGCAAAGGCACUAGCUGUCUGCACCAACAGCCACCACGAGGCACGGCAAGAAGUGAUAAGACUGGAUCAAAAGUUUGGCAUCCUGAUGAGUCUGCUCAGCUCGGAGGAUGAGAUCGUAGUGGCCAACGCCGCCCUCUGCCUGGGGAACUGCAUGGAGGUGCCCCGCGCCGCGUCUUCCCUGCUGAAGACGGACGUGGUGCAACUGUUGCUGCGGCACGCAGGCGGCGACGCGCAGAGGACGGCCGUGCAGCUGAACGCGGGCAUCGCGCUGGGCAAGCUGUGCACGGCCGAGCCCAGAUUUGUCGCCCAGCUGAGAGAGCUGCACGGGAUAGAGAUUCUCAGCUCCACCAUGAAGUACGUGGCUGAUCCUUGAGACACGUGGCAUCUCUGCACCUUCUCAGCAACACGGCACCGUGGGCUGCCGCUGGGUCCCGUGCUAAUAAAGAGCGUUUGAACGGCC